CGAGGCCCCAAAAGCAGCGGAAAAGGAAAAGCAGCGAAGCCUCGAGACUCCUCCCCCCGGUCCUGUCCUGUCUCCCCCAGCCCCGGCGGCUCUCCCGCUCCACGGCCGCCGGCGAGCGCCGCCAGGGAGGCAACUGCAGGACAUACAGAAGGUGGCGCACGCGCAACCGACCGCGUGGAGCGCGGAGCGGAAGGAUGGACGCGGCGUGGGCGUGCGCGGUGGACCGGGCCGCCGGCGUGGCCGACUCCACCAGGCGCUUCUUCCUCUCCUUCCGCCGCCCUCCGCCUCCGCCGCCCGGCCCCAACCCGAUAGACAUCUUGAAGCGUCUGCAGCGACAAGCGUUCUACGACAUAAUGCAGCUGAGGGAUAGGCAAGAGAAGGUCGAGAAGGUGCUCACGCUGUUCAAAUCUCACAAAGUCGGUCCAUUUGCGGAAGAGAGCACCCGGGUCAAGGGCCUCAUCAAUUUCACCGGAGCCCUAGCACUGAACAGCAAAGAAGGCGUGGAACCAUACAGCUCGGAAGCAAAUUCUGGCAUCAGCUCACAGUUUGCGUUCCGGACAAGUGUCCGGAAGAAGGACUCUCUCCUGGCAGAGCUUGCCACCGAUUCCAGAUACUUCUAUCAGGAAAAUGAUCUCAUGGGGAGCCCUCUUGUGCUGUCGAAGGUGAUGUACCUGGCAAACGUCAGCGACCACAUGUCUGUUGCUGCGGUGCCGGUAGGAGCAAGGUGUGAUGAUUUUUCAACCGAUCCAAGCAUCCAAGAGGGGCAAUGGGUUCCCAGCUUCCAUACCUCGCUGAGGCCACCUCUGCUGCUUAAGCGUCACAAGCGCGCUGCUGGCCUGAUACUGAGGUCGCAGAACUUCGCGGCCUCUCUCGCCGAGUUGAUCUCAACAGCUGCGAAAAGCUCGGGUGAAGCCAGCAGCAUCUUCACCGGAUUCGGGCAGAUUUCAUGCAAGAUGUGUGACGACAUAAAGCUGACCAUGUCCGCGGCCUGGCAUGGACCGUCUGCGAUUCCUCGGAAGAGCAAACCGACCGCUGGAGGGUGCCUCGACUUCGAGCUGAAGUUCGACGAGGACUCGAGAUUUGGGGCGUGGGUCGAGGUGAAGAGGUCGAACCCGAGGCAGCUGAAAUGGGCCGUCACGCUGUCGGAUACGCCGGAGAACGACCUAGGCUGGGGCGUGAGCCUGCGGAGAGGCUCCGAGGGGGCGCCAGAGCGGAUUCAGCUAGAAGGGUUUCUCAACUUACAUCUAGGCCAGAAUGCCACCCUGCAGCCUGGUGUCAUGUUCAACCUGGAUGGGAGGCGAUGCGCCCCAGCGCUCGUGUUCCGGUCAAGUUGGUUCUUGUGAGGCCUGAGUGAGUGAUUUUGGUGUGAUCCCUCCUGAGGAUGUAGAGAAGCCAUGGUAGAGCAGAGCAAGUAGAAACAAUCAUUUGUGAAGUCUGAAAGAAUGACAGUAAUUAUCAUUGUGUCUGAUGCUAUGAUAGGUUUUGUUAUCAUUAUCAUUGUCUAAUGCUAUGAUUGGUUUUUGUUACCGCAGUGGUUUCAAUAUCAUUAUUCUUA